UGUCAAUUUAUCCUGUUUGGCACACCAACUCAACCAGGAAGCUUCAUGUCAUUUGAACAAUUCAAAGUUCCACAUUAUUAGACCUAAAACCCUCCACCAUUCCACACUAGUAGUAUAUAAUAAAGAACCAAAAUGCAACAUGUCCAAAAUUAAUCAAAGAGAUUUUACAAACCCAAGAUUCAUCUCACCCAUAUUUCAACAAAAAAGAAGCAGUACAUUGAACAAAGCCAAAGCCUUUCUAUUUUUAGAUAAGGUUCAAGAAAAUGGCAGGGGCAGAGCUAUUCAAUAGAUUGCCUGAAGAUUGCAUUUCUUCAAUUCUUUCUCUUACUUCACCUAAGGAUACACUUAGCUUCUCGUUGGUUUCUUCCUUUCUCCGAUCAGUGGCAUCAUCUGAUUUUAUAUGGCAAACAUUCUUGCCUUCCGAUUAUAACCAAAUUAUUGACAAAUCUGUCAUACCAUUCAAUUAUUCUUCAAAAAAAGAGCUUUUUGUUCAUCUCUGUAACUCAAUUCUCCUUGAUGGUGGUAACAAGAGCUUUGCAUUAGACAAGUCAAGUGGCAAGAAAUCCUAUAUAAUCUCAGCAGAAGAACUGUCCAUUUUGUAUGGGGAAGAACCAGAUCAUUGGAUCUGGAAAUCAGUACCAGAAUCAAGAUUCUCAAAGGUGGCUGAACUGAAAGUGAUAUGCAAACUAGAAGUAAAAGCAAAGCUAAGGACAAGUAUGCUUUCUCCAAACACAAAGUACGGAAUUUAUUUCAUAAUGAAAAUCUCGGAUCGUGCAUUUGGUCUGAAUUCAGUGCCUGUUGAGAUUAGUGUAGAAAUAGGCGAUCGGAAAGAAGUUCACACGGCUUCUUUAGACCACAGGAAUGGCCAGAAAGAAAAACAGAGGGAUCAGAGAUUGCCGUAUAAAAGGGAAGAUGGAUGGAUGGAGAUUGAGUUAGGAGAGUUUUUCAACGGUGGAGAUGAAGAUGAGGAAGUUAGAGUAAGUUUAAGGGAGGUGAAGGGCUGCCAUGUUAAGGGUGGACUUGUCAUUGAAGGCAUUGAAGUUAGGCCUAAACACUAGGAUUCUUAUCUACUCCCUCACCAAUUUCAUUCAUUUUUUCUAUAAUUAAUGAUUUAUUUGUCUGGUUCAUGUCAAAGAUUGGUGAGGAACAAAAAAGUGUGAUAAUGAAAUAUUGGAAUAUACUAUUGGUUUUAGAAGUGGCAAAA